GACGCGCUCACACGCACGCGCACGUACAGUCAGUCGGCAGCAGUCACUCAGCAGCAGGCUCGAGGUUAGGUGAGGUACUUACCUGGCACCGGCUCAACCACCGGAAAAGCGCGCCUCCCGCGGCCGACCAUCGACGCUUUUGGGCCGGCCGGGACGCGGCGUUGAAGACGGCGCGGGACGGACGCUCGGAGCGAAGAAAGAAAGAGAAGGAAGGCAAAAAGGAGGUCCGGGUGAGGAGAGCGAGGCGCAGCAGGUGGCUCCACAACAAGGAGGAGGAGGAGGCCGGGGCAUGCCGGUCGGACGGUCCAAACGAGUCCGGUGUGAUGCACUCGAAGCUCGGCUGUGAGUGACCCGAAGUGAGGAUGAAGGACACCGGAGAGUCGAAGGAGCACCAACUGACGGUGGCCUUGAGGAUUCGACCCCUCAGCGAUGGCGAGCAGGAGGAGGCGGCGACCAUCGUGGCCCACCGGCUGGACGAGCAGAUGGUGAUCCUGAUGGACCCCAUGGAGGAUCCCGAUGACGUCCUGCGGGCCAACCGCUCCAGGGAAAAGACCUAUGUGUUCGACGUGGCCUUCGAUUACUCGGCCAGUCAGGAGGAAGUGUACCGCGCCACCACCAAAGGGCUGAUCGAGGGCCUCAUAUCCGGCUACAACGCCACCGUGUUCGCCUACGGACCCACAGGUUGUGGGAAAACGUACACCAUGCUGGGUACCGACAAGGAGCCCGGCAUUUACGUCCGCACCCUCAACGACCUCUUCCGGGCCAUCGAGGAGACCAGCGAUGACAUGAUGUACAGCGUCUCCAUGUCUUAUUUGGAGAUCUACAACGAGAUGAUCCGGGACCUGCUCAACCCGUCUUCGGGCUUCCUGGACCUUAGAGAGGAUGCAAAAGGAGAGAUUCAAGUGGCGGGCAUCACAGAAGUGUCCACCAUUAACGCUCAAGAGAUCAUGGAGCUGCUGAUUAAGGGCAACAAGCAGCGCACGCAGGAGCCCACGGCCGCCAACCGGACGUCGUCACGCUCUCACGCAGUGUUGCAGGUGGCGGUCAAGCAGCAAAGUCGCUGCAGGGACGUUCUGCAGGAGGUCCGCUUUGCCCGUCUCUUCAUGAUCGAUCUGGCCGGCUCCGAACGAGCAGCACAGACCCAGAAUCGGGGUCAGAGGUUAAAAGAGGGCGCCCACAUCAACCGCUCCCUCUUGGCGUUGGGCAACUGCAUCAACGCUCUGAGCGACAAGAACGGCAACAAGUACGUCAACUAUCGAGACAGCAAGCUGACUCGACUGCUCAAGGACUCUUUGGGAGGGAACAGUCGAACCGUCAUGAUCGCUCACAUUAGCCCCGCCUCCGUGGCCUUUGAGGAGUCCCGCAACACGCUAACAUACGCUGACCGUGCCAAAAGUAUUCGCACACGGGUGAAGAAGAACCUGAUCAACGUGUCCUACCACAUCGCUCAGUACACCAACAUCAUCUCGGACCUCCGCUGCGAGAUUGAGCGGCUCAAGAAGAUGAUCGCCGAUCAGGCGAGCCGCCAGCUCACCUCCGACCGGGCCGACAUCCGCCACGUCCAGGCUGAGGUCAAGGCGCACUCCUGCCAGCAGAGUCGGGUCGAGAUGGAACAGCUGAGGGAGAAGCUCCUGGACGCCUUCCGCCAGCAGAUGGAUGUCCGCCGGAAUCUGAUGGCGCUGGAGACCAGCAAUGCCGAGAUCCAGAUGGAGACCACCAAGCAGCUGCUCACCAUUGCAGACUGGGAGCAAGAACGGAGCAGGCGACGGCGGAAGUGGCGUGCAGAAAAGCGAAAGGAAAGUGCCGGCAAGGAUGACAGUGAGAAGGACUCGGACUCACCGGAAUCUCCAGCCGACGCCGCAGAGACGGAGGAGGUGGCCGUGGCCAGAGAGAACCUGGUCGCCCUCAUGACGGAGCAGAAGAAGCUCCACAAACAGAAGGUGCUGCUAGAGCGCCGGUUCCUGGAGCUCCGUAACCAGGCCCGGCAACUGGAGGAGCUGCUGCCGCGGCGAGUGAGCUCAGACGAGCAGCGCGAGGUCCUGGACCUCUUGUGCAAAGUCCACGAGCUGGAGAUCGAGAAUGCCGAGAUGCAGUCGCACGCACUGUUGAAGGACAACGUGAUCCGACAAAAGAACUUUGUGGUCCGCCGCUUCGAGAUGCACCGGCACCUCUGCGACGAGCUCAUUCAACAGCAGCGGCGGUUCAUUGAUGAGAACAGUCUGCUUGUGUCGCCCCACCUCCAGGAGCUGUACGAUAUGUACACCAGAGAACGAGAUGAGAGAAAACUGGACAGAGCCGUAGCUCUGGAUCAGGAAACCACCUGCCACAGCAUCAAGGGAGGCUCCCUACCCAAGAUCGGCCUGCCCGCUCAGGCUCGCGAUACCAUGCAAGACGUGGACUCGGACCAGGAGAGCGUACGCCCUGAUGAAAGGCGAGGACACGCCAAACUUCGCCGCCACACGUUGCCCCCCAUUCUGCCUGAGCACGAACAGGACAGCGACAGAGUUUUCAAGAACAUCGCUCAUGCGCGUCACAUGAAAAUAUCGUCUGUGAUGACCCCGCCUCCCAUCCACAUCAAUGGGAAGGGCAACAGAGAGCUGCAACCGCUGGCUCCAGUAAGCUCGCUGAGCUACACUCACCUCAGCCACAGCGUCAGCAGCCAACUGGACUCAUCGCCCGAAAGCAGCGAGGCGGGGGCCGAUGCGCCGCUUUCACAAAAUGAGAGGAAGCAGAUUCUCCAAGGCGUGCAGAACAUUUCGGUGAAGGCGGCACGGCGGCGCUCCAAAGCCAGAGAGGUGGACGCCUUGCGCUUGCCACCUGCACCCUCUCCCAUGGAGCCCGCCAAGCAGAAGAGCAGCCUUUUUGGCAGUGACGCGGCCCCCAGAGGUCUGCCGAUGCGGCGCGGCAGACAACCCAGCCCCGAGCUCCGGCACGCCACCUCGGACGACAACCUGUCCAGCAGCACCGGCGAGGGGCCCGGUCUGCAGGCCACUUGGACGCGGAACCACAAGCUCACCGGCAAGAACCAAACCCCACGAGACGGCGACUUUGAGGCGCGCCGCAAGAAGAGGCGCUCGCGCUCUUUUGAGGUCACUGGACAAGCACUGCCUCAGUCCAAAACGAUCACGGCUGGAAGGUUCCGUCCCUUGGACAGCACGUCAGACGCUCACCUGCACAUCAGUGGUGAGUCCCAGGUCCCGGUGCUACGCCCCCAGUUCAGAGGAGUCCCGCCUCUUGCCAAAGUCAGGGUACCAAUCGGCAGCCAGCAAGCAGGCCCAAACUCAGAGACCACUGCAACCCAGGCAAACAACCUGAAGCGCAUCCCCUUGCUGCGGCAGCCCCAGCCACCGCUCUACAUCUCCACCACCACCACCACCAUGGGGGGCCAGCAGCGACCACGCCGACACUGAGCGUCAUUUUGACUUGAACAAUGCGAGACGCACACACCAGGAAGUCUGGACGAUGAUGAGCGAUGACAUCAUCGUCCCCGCAGACGCCAAAGAUCGUUACGUGUCCACUUUGUGUCUUGUCGUCAUGUGUUUUUUAAAAAAAAUAAAAAUCUUUAUUGUGC